GGGUAGCAUGUUCAAGUGACAACUGGUUUGUUUUGUUUGCGGCGGCAAGAUCGAAAUCAAGAAAGAUAAUCCAAAAGUGUGAUUCAUACAGCACGUGUGAUGGCGCAAGUACACGCAAUCGAAGGCUACAUGCUAUCUCGGUGCCCUUUCGCAUGUUUGUGUAAUACAUCAGUAGAUAUAGCUGCAUCGCACGGCGGCGCAUCCACAGUACCGGUUCGAUUGUUGGUGAAGUUACUGCGCCUGGAGCAUCGAAAAGAUGCAACAUCGACAACCCUUCCGGAAGGAGGCCUUCCGAGAUCGGCCUUUGCACCGAGCUGCGGCUGAUGGAGAUACGAAAGCAGCAGUUGAGUGUUUGGAGCAAGAUAUCAACCCUUACGAACCGGCAGAAAAGGGCAUUACACCGUUGUUUGUCGCGGUACGGAACAGGAAAGAAGCCGUCGUUCGUUUGCUGCUUGACCGUUACGAGGAGGAUCUACGUAGCGCACAUGAAACGAUCAAACAUCGGUUUCUGUGGAAGGUGGAAGCGACCGGAUGGAGAAGCAGACCUAUCUUGAUUGCCUGGUCGAAGGAAGAGUGCGAAAGAACCGUCGAAUUGGCGUCAAACUGUCCGGCAGGCAUACCACUGAACGCGCAAGUGUUCGUUUGGCUUCACCAUAUACACGAUGGACAUCGAUUCGUGGCGUUGGAUGUGGUCAACCGCAGCAAGAUAGUCACGGUGUUCCGAUUCAUCCGGCAACUUCUGCCAAACGGAGUUCUUUCGCUGGAUCGAAGUGAAUACCGGGAGAACUACGACAAUUGUCUUCAGGUGGCCUGCUGUUACUCCAGUGUGGAAAUAGUGGACCUGUUGAUUGCCAGAGGUGCCUCUUUGACCCUGGGCUCUGGUCCAAAUGAUAGAACCCCGUUCAUGGCAGCGUGUGAGAUGGGACGAGAGCUGAUGAUCGAGCAUCUGCUUGCGAAGCAUAUCGAUCGUUUCGAUCCAACCGCACGAAGACAGGAUGGCAAAAACGUCGUGCAUUUGCUUGUGCAAAUGCAAAAUGAUAAGCUUUUGAAAAAGUUGAUGGAUCGUUUAGUGCAGUAUCGUGUGAAGAAGUUCCGUGAAACGGAUUCCCAAGCAUUCAACCAAAUCUUUUUUUAUCGUGCGACAGAUGAUUGGUCUGGCGAACACAUUUUUCAUCACAUACGGUCACCGCCAAUCAAGCAACUGUGCGCCAGGUACGCUGAGCAGUAUCAGCUGGAUGUAACCGCGAGCUUGCAAAACACAAUAGUGCUAGAAUACUUGAUCCGCCAGGGCCUACUACUAGAUUACUGUUACAAGACGAUCGGAAAAAAUCUGUCGUUGCUACGAUUGUGCGCUGGACAUGACGAGUUUGCCAUACUACACAGGCUCAUCACGAACAAGCGGCUUGCAUUCACUGAAAAGUUGUAUAGCGAACAUAGCGAGAUUGUAAAAGGCAUCUUCGAAGCGGAUUCAAAUCAAGCGUAUUUAGCAAUGCACUAUAUAGUGCAGCAAGCAGAUGAGCCCGGGUUGAAGUUUAUGUUGAAGCAUCAUCGAGAGUAUUUCAUCCGCAAUGUGGAAAAGCUACGGGAAUCGACCGUUGGAACGUAUUUCUUCAAGGAACUACGCAAAAAGAAUUCGCGUUUCGUUGACUUUCUUAUGGAAACCAUUCCUGAGCUUCAGCAUGCAAUCGACGAAGCGAAAAACGCCAAGAAAGAGUUCUACGAACUUGAUAAUGAUUUUAACGAAGUGUUCGAGAAUUUAAGGAAAAGCUUUUCAAAAACCGUGGAGGAGUUGGAAGCAGACGGAAAGGUAUUGGAAGAUUAUCGAGAUGGUAGCGAUCAACGAUCGUUUUUGCAUGCUGCAGCAAACUAUGGUGAUCUAACGCUGUUGGAGCGUUUGCUAGAGCGAAACUUUGAUGUGUUGUUACCGGAUCGACAAAGUUUGUUACCGAUACACCUUACCUAUCAGGAGAGUGUCUUCGAAUCACUCCUAGCUAAAAACGAAUCCGCCCAGUUACAGUACUUGACUGAGGAUGGAUACAACCUGUUGCAUAUUUGCUGUAAACGGGGAUUUCGUGGUCCCGACGUUCUUGAGAGGCUGUGUGCUAACGGAAUUGACGUGAACGGAGCAGCACCUGAUGGACAGUUACCUCUAUCGUUAGCGUGUUGUUGUGGAAAUGUCCGGUUUCUACUAAAACAUGGUGCUCGAGUGGAAUUAUUGAACGAUCAGCUCGUGGAAGCUAACAUAUCGAAUAUAAGCUACUGCGCGGCUUGGGAGCUCUUACCGCACAUAGCCCGUCUGGAUUGGUUUGGCAAAAUAGCGCACCGCUAUCUACCCUGGAUGGUAGGCUCCCAGAAUAGGGAUUUCUUUUCUUGUAGCAACGGACAUAAUCUGGCCGAACAUGAAGACAUUCGUCGGAUUCUGUUCGAUAGUCUCUACAAACACUCGCGUGAGCAGUCAUCGGAACUGUUUGGCACAGUUUGUCACAGGGCAAUCGUUUGCUGUUCGCGCUGGUUUUUGGAUUACGAUUAUGAUCUGAACUACGAUCAUGCCGAUUAUAUGGGUUACACACCACUCCUCGGGCUGGUGAGCUAUAUGGAAGAACCCAACAGUGAUAUCAUCGAGAGAUUGCUACGGAAAUCAAUUAACGUGAAUGCGGUGACGGAUCGUAAGCAGACGGCGCUGAUACUUUUUGCUGACCGCUUUCGAUCAGCCCAGUGGUAUGGUCAUAGGGUGGAAACAGCCCGAUUGCUGGUGAAUCGAGGCGUCAAUAUUGAUGCACAGGAUGAAGACGGUAACACGGCGUUGCAUCUAGCGUUCCGUGGCGAACACUGGGAACUGGUAGCAUUUUUGAUCGAGUCAAAUGCGAAUCUAUCGCUGAAGAAUGGUGAUGGCAAGGUAGCGUGUGAAAUGGCUCCCGCCUUUAGUCACCGUCUGUACGGAUUUAUGAGAAAGCUUUAAACCAUGACAUGAUGUACAAGAAUUUCCAUUGCUGCAACAAAAGAUUAAACGAAUUGGAAGUUAAAAUAUGUUGAAUCAGUAUUGUAAAAUUAGGCUGGUCAUGGUGGGAUUCAUUUUUCCUACAAGUGCAAAAAGGUAGAUACUGAAUUCAAAGGCCAAAACAUUGUUCUUUAAUCUUUAGCUCUUUUUUAUUGAAUAAACAUUGGCAGCUGGAUCGGCAGAA